AUCCAAACAUGCAAAAUAGGAUUUUUUGCCAUUUUUCAAGUGGUCUUAAAGUUUUGUUCAGGACUGUAUUUCAUGAAAAUGGCAUCAACAUCUUUCAAAACAAAUGGGUCAGGGCAACAAAAACCUGGAAAAGUAAGUGGUGCUCAAAAGAAACAGCUGGAGUAACAUUUAGCAGCUAAUCAGGUUAACUAGUAAGUAACACAACUGGGUAUGAAAAGAGUGUCGUGGAGAGGCUGAUGAAAAAACUGCCAACAAACUGUGGUGCAGUUUCACAAUUUUUUUCAUUUUCUUUUUUUCAUUUGUUCGUGUGAUCUUUGGUCCUUCAAGCAGCACUGCAUUAACAACAGACACGAUUGUGUGGUGGAAAUGAUGCAUGGGCUCAGGAACACUUCCUGUGCUGUCCACACAUGCAGGUUAAAGCUCCACCCUGCAAAGAAGAAGCCAUAUGUGAACAUGAUCAGUGAUUCUCUGGACCAAAGCUCAUUUAAAAUGGACUGUAGCAAAGAAGAAACCCGCUCUCUGGUCCAAGGAAUACAAAUACAAAUUAGCAUUUUCAGUAGGAGAAACGUUUCAUCACUCAUCCAAGCGCAGGUUUCCCCAACCUUAUAAACAGUACAUUUGCCUAAAAACUGAAACUAGCACCACUGAACAACGGGCUGUGAGCUCAGUUUCUUCAUCAUUAAUAUGCAAAUUGUCAUGACCAUUAAUCAAAGACAGCCCAAAGCAGUAAAAUGAAUCCAAACCACAAAAAUACAAAAAUCAACAGUGAAUCCCGCUGUUCUAGUGUGAGACUGUAUAUCCAUCCUUAACAGAUGAUUUUAAAAGGUCCAGCUCCAUCCUGAACGUUGCAUCUUUGUGUUAUCAGCCAGUGUUUCUUUCGAAGUUCAGCCUCAUUGUUGUUACUGACAGCAGUGGCGAACCCUCUGCAGCUAAAAUAUUGAUAGUCCUUUUUGUCAUUUGGGUGUAGACAGGAAGGGAACUGCAAACUAAAAUAAAGUGCUAAAAAGACAUCGUUCCAGAUACCAAAAAAGUGACAUUUGUGGUUUGUUCAUUUGCAGUAUUCUGCAUUGUCUUUAGCAGUGUCUAAUGAGGGAAGCAAAGGGAUGCUUUGCAAGUGUUAGAUGAGGAUUAGUAAAGAGGGAAAAGGGGAAAGCUGCAGUGUGCAGUCCUCUUGUGCAGCAUUAUUGCAUAAGACGAACAACAUGUGUGCCAGCCCUAUCUCUCAGAGAAUUGCUCACUGUGUGAGAUCUUACCAAGAUUCUCUUGAGUUACCCAAUGCUGCCGUCUCAUUUCUGCUUCCUCUGCUACUGUCACAGCUGUAUUUGGUCUUGUCUUCAAACAGCAGUGUGAGGAAAGAAUUCUUUUGUGUUCAUAAUUUGAGAAAGAUUUUUGACAGUACCAUGAAUAGAAGACUAAUUUUCACAACGAAGUAUCUGCAGCACACACUGAAGACACACUCCUUGCCUUGUGUGUGGUGACAAAGUCUCAGGCCUAGACAGGAGAAGCUAUCUGAGGACACUAAUGGGUCCAUACGGAGUUGACCGGGCUGUUCAUUCCAUGGAGUUUACAGACUGUGAGAAUGGCCUAGGAAUUAAAGUGAUAGGUGGAGUGAAGGAGGUAACAGGAGAGGAGUUUGGAGUCUACGUCAAACGGAUUUUACCAGGUGGCCUUGCUUCAACUGAUGGAAACCUGAUGCCAGGGGACCAGAUCUUGGAAGUGAAUGGGGACAGCCUAGUAGGUGUCACAAGUGAAAGAGCUGUGGAUAUCUUGAGAGCAGCCUCUGCAACCAAUCACAUGCGACUUCUUGUAGCCAGAGAUGAGGAAGCAAAGAGAGAAUUUGCUGAUCUGCUAGAGAAAUAUGGAUCUAAUGGCAGCACUGGAUCAACACGGAACUCUCCGAUCCAGCAAGGAGGUCGCUACCUGGAUAGCACAUCAUCCGGUUCCUCGUCACGCUCCCAGAGUCCUUUGCUGUUGAGCCCAGCAGGCUCUCAGAGUAUGUACAACAACAGUGGGCCCAUGCUGCGCUCCCUCAGUCAUCCAGGUGAAGGGGUGAUUCAACUUAUUUCAAUAGCACGAUCCGGCAGUUUAGGCAUCACCAUUGGAGGAGGUUCCAACAGGCCUGACGGCCCUGCAGUCUUCAUCCAGGAGGUCCUGUCAGGAGGAGACUGUCACCGGGAUGGACGGUUGAGACCGGGAGAUCAGCUCAUUGCUAUUAACAAGGAGUCCUUGAUUGGUGUGACACAUGAAGAGGCCAAAAGCAUGCUAAACAAAGUGAAAUUCAGCCAAGAUACUGCUGUGGACAUAGCCUUCAUCCCGGGUAAAGGACUUUUUCCCAGCAGCACGUCUCUUCACAAUGGGCUCCAGCGAGCCUCGGGCAACAGCUACAACUCUGGACGCUUAAAAGUCCACAUCCGAUCACCCGAGAUCUGUGCAGAGGAGCCAGCCCCACCUUCCUCACCUUCUCCUGACAUCUGUCCUCCAGAUAUUCAUGUUUCAGGUUCAACCAGCCAGAGAUCCCCGACAGGAGCAAAACCUAAGAUAACCCUGGACCCUUACAUUCGCCUCAAAUCAGACAAAUUAGACUUGGCCUUGUCCUUCCUUGGUUUGGAUGUCACAGAAGAGAAGAAGAAGCAGCUGCGACAGAGUCUGACCACAGACCCACAAGGCACCGUGGCCUAUGGAGACUUUGUGGAGGCCACCCGGAACAUCUUCCAGGAGAACCUGGAGGAGCUGGGCUUGGAGACGGGUCCCUUCACAUUCUCCUACCAUGAAGCAGCUAGUCUGAUGGAUACCUCAGCCUUCCACUCACCUACAUAUGAAUCAGAGUGCAGCUACAGCAGUGAGGAGAUGGAGCAGUUUCAGACUGAGGUGAAGCAGCUGCAGACGCAGAUGAAACAGCUCAAGGUGAUGCUGAAGGACAUGGAACACAGCAAGAAAACCCUUGAGGAGGAGUUGCAGAAGACCUCAGAGAAAGCCUGUCUGACUGUAGAGGAGAACACUCGCCUGAAGAGUCGUCUGCAGGCGUCUGAGGCGGUGCAUCGGCAGGCCGGCAGUGCUGAGCAGGACUAUGAAGAAGUCAUCCAGCUGCUGGAGGCUGAGAUCAGAGACCUGAAGAGCCAGCUGGCCACCAAGAAGCAGAGACGGGGAGCAGAGUCCAUGCAGGAGGAGGUGGGCGAGCUGAAGAGGAGGCUGACGACUAUCGACUGCCAGCUGAAGAAGUCCGAGCUGAGCAGGAAAACUCUGGAGAUCUCCAACAAGAAACUGCUAGGCUUUGCUCAGAACGUCCACAAAGUGCUGACCACGCCCAGCCUAUUUGGAGAAGGGGGGAGUAACCGGUCAUCUCCUGCCACGGAAAGCCCCGACAUCCCAUCACCAAUUCCUGACCCAGCCUUCCAGCUGGCUGUGGAAGCCAAAGAGCUGGUGGAGGGGGUGUGUACGCUCACAACUGAUAAAGAACCGGUGAGUGCAGAUGCAGCAUCAGCUCCAGAUGUCAGUCCUCAUCAUGUGUGAACAGCACCAAGCCAAAGAGGACUGAGUCCAGACCUGGGCCGGGCAGAAGACCCCCAACGAGCAGCUGACCUCGCCAUGCACUUCACCACAGUCCGCAGCAAACACACCAUUCUACGACAGGACACGACGACAGCAACAGUUAAACCCUCACUGGGACAGACUGACCACGUUUUAAUGCCAAAGCCUGUUUGUGCACAUGAAAUUAGUAUAUUCCCUCCAAUUACUCCAAAUGCUACUCACAGGGCUCAGCAGUGGGAUCUGCUGAUUCAGUCUCAUGCUGUCAGCAGCACAUCACAUGUACAGAGGUCUCUGUGAGAAGUGCUGCUGCAAUUCUCUAGUGUGUUACUCUUACAGCAGGUGGUACAGGUGGAGCUGCAUGACCAAGUCCUCCACACACUCCCACAGUGUCACUGCUGUAAACCUUGUUAAUACUCUUGCCAACCUCUUUUCUAUCCUCACAAACACAAACUCAUCUCCACUCCGUAAAAGGAGGACUUGUUACUUGGAAAGCUGAUGUGUACAGUGUGUCCCCCUGUGUCAGAAACUCCAUGACAAAUUAGCUCGUCUGCUCUAACACAACAUCUGCCAUGCUUCCUUCCCUCGCGCCCUUACUCACACUGUCAUGGAAGACAAGAAAUGAAGGUUUGAAGGUGCAGCGUGGAUCAUCUUCAUCUCAUUGCCUGGUUCAUGUUGAUGUGUCUCCUGCGUUCAGGAGUAGUGUACCUGUUGCUGUAGCUCCAGCUGUGUAAAACUGUGUUUGGUAUUCUGUGUAGGCAGACCUCAGUCUUAGGCUACAUGUUGAACAUAGAUUUGAUUUCUACAGACAUCUACAACUGCAGUGACAAUAAUGACAUGUCCUUCAACCAGAUUGCAUCUUUGGUGUGGCCUCAUUCUUUCUGUUACUGUUUUAUAUUAAAGGAAUAACUGAUGACCGGA